AUGAAACUCAAACAAUUUUCUAUUCCCACUAUAUCGACAUUAUCAACAAGACAUUCUCUUAUCACUUUACCACCUGAGAUUUUUUUAAAUAUUUGUAAACAUCUUCCACCAUUUGAUUUGUUUUCGCUUUCAAGAGUUUGUCGACUUUUUUAUAAUGAUCUUUGUCUUGGUGAAUCAGUAACUAUCCAAGAGAUUUGGCGUCAAUCGCGCCUUGUUUUUAUGCCCUAUCGACAAAUGGGACCACCCGAAGGGAUGAAUGAAAAAGAAUAUGUUAGAUUCUUAGUGGAAGAUAAAUGUUAUUUUUGUGGAAAAAGGAAUAAGAGUAGUAGGAUUUAUUGGGAACGUGGAGUUCGAUCUUGUUUCGAAUGUUUAAAAACCCGCACUAAAACGCAAGAGGAAUUAAUUGAAUCAAAAAUCGUUCCACCGGCGGUUUUGCAUUUGUUGCCUUGUUCCUACACACGUUCUAUUCCAAUCUUUUGGUUAGAUCAGAUUAUGCCAAAGCAUGAAGAAUUCAAACGACUUAAUUCGCAAGAAUGCCUAGCUUGGAUGGAAAAGCAACGCAUUAUUACUGAACAAAUUGAAAAAGAAAUGGACUUACGUUUUUUUGAAGAUAUGGCAGCCAAAAAAGUACAAAAAACCGAAAGAAAACGCGCAAUUGACGCAAAACUUAAUGAAUUAUGUUUGGAAAAGAAUGAGAAUGGAACUUGCAGGUAUUUGCGAAAAUAUCUUGAUCAAUGCCAUUCUUUGAAAAAUUCGUAUAAAUACACUAGACCAUUCACCGAAAAAGCAUGGAAACUGUUGAAACGAAAGCUAGCAAAAGAAUAUUUGCAAUUAAUAGAACUGGAAAAAGAAAAUGUGUCAAGUCAGAGAUCGGUUGAAUUGGCUUUAGAGAAGGUGGUAUAUUGGAUUGAUUAG